UUUCCAAUCAUUUUUAUUUGUCCAUUUUUGAAACUGUUGUUGUAUUGUUAAAUGAUCUAUUUCAUCAAUUAGUCUAGAAUGUAUAUGUGAAUAUUCAGAGUAUAAAUUUUUUGCAGCUAAAUUCACAACAGCAGCCAUAUUGAGAAAACGAUUUAAACAUCCUGCUGUGCUGCUCUUACAGCUUUCCCACAUUCCAGAGGUUACAGAAUUUCGAAACAUGAAUUUUGAUUCACAUUCCACGUAUGCAAAGGAUAAUCAUUAAUAAACUAUUUCUUCAUGUAUAUAUAAAGCUUGCCAAGGAUACUUGACAAUGCCAACACCACAAAAUCUCAUCAGAUCCUGCCUCUGCCAAAAUGGGAGGAGCAAUUGCUUAAUGGUGUCUUUGGGUAAAUUUUUCUCCUGUUGAGAAACUUUUAUUAUGCAAGAAGCAAAGGAGAGAAUACAUACAUUCAUUUCCCCUACUGUAGACCGUUCAUCUGCAGCCUUUUCAGGUGUUAUUAUUAUAAAAUACAUAGAAAUAAAUAAAUUGGUCCUAACACAUCUGCUUUUGGGAAACAGAAGAUGGGAAAGAAAAGAGUGGCAAUUAUUGGAGCUGGUUCCAGUGGACUCUGUAAUAUCAAAUGCUGCUUGGAAGAAGGUCUGGAGCCUGUAUGCUUUGAAAGCAGUGAUGAUAUUGGGGGACUCUGGAGGUUCAAGGACAAUCCUGAGGAAGACCGAGCUAGUAUUUACAAAUCUGUGAUCAUCAACACCUCCAAAGAGAUGAUGUGCUUCAGUGACUUCCCCAUCCCAGAUGAUUUUCCCAACUACAUGCACAAUUCAAAGAUAAUGGACUAUUUCCGGAUGUAUGCAAAACACUUUGACCUUCUGAAAUAUAUUCACUUCAAGACUAAAGUCUGCAGCGUAACAAAAUGCUCAGACUUCUCUACCAGUGGCCAAUGGGAUGUUACCACAGAAUCAGAUGGGAAGCAGGAAUCAUCAAUUUUUGAUGCAGUUUUGGUCUGCACUGGCCACCACACCAGUGCAUAUCUGCCCCUGGACUCCUUCCCAGGGAUUACCACUUUCAAGGGUCACUAUUUACACAGUCGUGAUUACAAGAGUCCCGAUGCAUUUACAGGAAAAAGAGUCAUUGUGAUUGGUAUUGGGAACUCAGGAGUGGACCUUGCUGUGGAGAUAAGCCACACAGCACAACAGGUUUUCCUCAGCACUCGCCGAGGAGCAUGGAUAUUAGGCCGCGUUGCUGAUAAAGGCUAUCCACUUGACACUAUAUUAAGUACUCGAGCUCAUUUAUUCCUGAAACAAAUUUUUCCCUUGUCCAUGAUCGAUCAGUUGAUACAGCACAAAUUAAAUAACAGAUUCGAUCAUUCUCAUUAUGGCUUGAAACCUAAACACAGAUUUAGCAGCCAGCAUCCAACUGUCAAUGAUGACCUCCCAAAUUGCAUUAUUUCAGGGAAAAUUGUCAUGAAAUCAAACAUCACAGAGUUUACUGAUACUGCUGCCAUCUUUGAAGAUGGUUCCAAGGAAGAGGAUAUCGACUGUGUUAUUUUUGCUACAGGAUACAGUUUCUCAUUUCCUUUCCUUGGGAACGUUAUGAGAGUUGUUGAAAAUAAUAUCUCCUUAUAUAAGUUUGUCUUCUCACCUCAACUGGAGAAACCCACACUAGCAAUCAUUGGUCUUGUGCAGCCACUGGGGGCCAUCAUGCCCAUUGCAGAACUGCAAGCUCGCUGGGCUACACGUGUCUUUAAGGGACUUGCUGAGCUGCCAUCAACAAAUGAGAUGAUAUCUGAUAUUACUGUUAAGAAAUUUUCCAUGGCAAAAAGAUAUGUGAAAAGUCAACGCCACACCAUCCAAGUGGACUUCAUAGACUAUAUGGAUGAACUGGCUUCUCUGAUUGGGGUCAAGCCCAGCAUAUGGUCCCGGUUUAUCACAGAUCCUAAGCUGGCCCAGGAGCUUUUCUUUGGGGCAUGUACUCCGUAUCAGUAUCGCUUGCAAGGACCAGGAAAAUGGGAGGGAGCCAGGAAAGCUAUCCUGAUGCAGCAUGAACGGAUCUUGAAACCCUUGCAAACCAGGCUAGUUACUGAAUCAGACAACAAUGCCUUAGUGCCCCUUUGGUUUAAGUUAGUUGGCCUUCUUCUUCUGUUUGCUGCAAUUUGGGCUUAUUUUUAAGUCCACAGAAGUUCUAUUCUCCUAAUGCCAAUCCCAACCUACAUAGAUUUUGGCAUUACAAUUUCAUCUUUGUGCCUUCAAUAAUUUACCUAUUAAGUCUGAACAUAUAAACAUAUUUUAUUUCUCUAAAAGUAGCAGUAUUUUACUAUAUUAUGUGUAAGUUUCACCCACAAAUGAUUGUUAAUGUUUCUUGUUAGGGGACAUGUGUAGGUAAUUCCCCAUUAGGAGAAUGAGUGCGACCAGGGAAAUGUAGUGAGAGUAGUGAAGAAUAAC